AUGGGGGUACUUGCGGAUCUCUUCGCCGGCGCUCGCCAGGCCUGUUCGACGCAACCGCUCUGGACACUGGCGUUGCUAGGCCUUGGUGCUUUCAUCACGCUCUCCGUUGUCGUCAAUGUUCUAAAUCAGAUCCUCUUCAAGAAUCCUAAUGAGCCUCCGGUGGUUUUUCACUGGUUCCCAGUUAUCGGCAGUACUAUCACAUAUGGCAUUGAUCCGUACAACUUUUUCUUUUCGUGCCGGGAGAAGUACGGCGACAUAUUCACAUUUAUUCUUCUCGGGAAGAAGACAACUGUGUAUCUUGGAACUAAGGGCAACGACUUUAUCCUCAACGGUAAAUUAAAGGACGUUUGCGCAGAAGAGGUGUAUUCGCCUUUGACGACACCCGUUUUCGGUAGACAUGUCGUCUAUGAUUGCCCGAACGCAAAAUUAAUGGAACAGAAGAAGUUCGUCAAAUUCGGUCUUACCUCCGAAGCAUUGCGGUCCUACGUCACCCUGAUCACUAGGGAAGUUGAACAGUAUCUUGAAAACUCACCUGCGUUCAAAGGAGAUUCCGGAAUUCUUAGCGUCGCAAAAGUCGUUGCUGAAAUCACAAUUUAUACCGCCUCCAGAUCGCUUCAAGGAAAGGAAGUUCGAGAUAAGUUUGAUUCAAGUUUCGCUGAGCUUUACGGGGACCUCGACAUGGGCUUUGCUGCUAUCAACUUCAUGUUUCCUUGGGCGCCGCUCCCACAUAACCGAAAGCGUGACAGAGCUCAGCAAAAGAUGGCUCAAAUUUACACAGAUAUCAUUCGUGAAAGACGAGCAGCCGGUGGAGAAAAGGACUCGGAAGAUAUGGUGUGGAAUUUGAUGUCAUCUGUGUACAAGGAUGGAACCCCUGUACCUGAUAUCGAGGUCGCACAUAUGAUGAUUGCUUUGUUGAUGGCUGGUCAGCACUCAUCCUCGUCGACGGGUUCAUGGAUCGUGCUUCGACUUGCGAGCCGCCCCGACAUUCUUGAGGAACUAUAUGAAGAGCAACUUCGAGUUCUCGGUCCAGACCUCCCACCAUUGACGUACGAAUCCCUUCAGCGUCUAGAACUGCACUCCAACGUCAUCAAAGAGACCCUUCGAAUACAUGCCCCUAUUCAUUCCAUCCUUCGCGCAGUCAAGUCACCAAUGCCGGUAGACGGAACAAAGUAUGUCAUUCCGACAACGCAUAACCUUCUAGCCGCUCCCGGCGUGGCAUCACGUCUUCCUGACUACUUCCCCGACCCUAUGCUGUGGAAUCCUCAUCGCUGGGAGAAAGGAGGAGCCGUAAACACAACAGGAGUUCUGGAUGAGGGCGCUGAGGAAAAGAUUGAUUAUGGCUAUGGUCUGGUCAGCAAAGGCGCCAACAGUCCUUAUCUUCCAUUUGGAUCCGGUCGACAUAGGUGCAUUGGAGAACAGUUCGCCUAUGUACAGUUGGGAACCAUCACAGCGGCACUAGUGCGAGCUUUAAAGCUAAAGAAACUUGAUGGGGAUAAGGAGAUCCCUAACACAGAUUAUUCAGUGAGUCGCAAAGGCAUCUGCCACUGA